AUGUUAUAUAUGGUGAUGUACGAAGGCCAAUGGUCUGUAGUUUCUACCCAGAAGGAAGAAAAAUGGGCCAAAAAGUUAAGUUCCGGUAAACCGGAGAGGGGAAUAGGCGACUUGGUCAGGAUUUGCAACCACGUGUUUAUCGAGGUUGAUACCGUCGGAUCAGAUGUUGAAUGUGUCGUCGUUGGAUCUGGUGACAUUUUAAUACGAAAUUGCCGCCACAUCUAUCCCACAGCCUCCAGCAGCGAGGAGCUUGCUGCAGCCUGUGAAGUUAGCAUAAGCACCCCCAGAUACAAUCAGCUUGGGGUUUUCAGUUUUCCUUCUCAGACAAGUCGAAGGGAAACAUUAGACAUUCAGCUUCAAACUGCUGAGUAUGAUGUUGAGCAACACAACCUACAGUCCUCGCAGCAAAGCAUUCUAUUCGACGUGGUUUUCUUCAGAAGCAGACUCGAGUUCGAGUUAUGUCGCGGUGGUCCUCCUGGGGUCUUGAUCGAGAAACGAUAA